UGCUUCUCCCAGGGCUUUGUGACCUACAGUCAGGAGAACAAUUCCGAAAGCUCUCUGCAAAGUUCUAGUUCCCUCAGCCUUUCCACUAUGUCUGUGGCCAGCCUGCCUGCCGUCAGCAAGAUAGAUGAGUCACGGGAAAGCAAUUUAGAAGGGGACCUUGCGGUGAAGUCCGUUUUUCCUCCGGAGUCCAUGAGGACACUCCAGAGGUUUAAGGAUACGCAAGAGACUGAAACCGGCUAUAGGUACAUGACCCUACACUUCCCCUACCGGCCCACUCCAGCCUCGGAGAAAGUGCCCAGUUUCCAACACAGCUCAGUGUCUAACUGCUUGACCUUGCGUGUUCACUGGGGCUCAGAGGCUGAGAUCCACAAGUUCUCCUUAGGCAAGAGCUCUGUGAAUCUGAUUGAGGUGUCCCAGGCAACCGUCAAGAGAGAGCUGAGGAGGACUCUGUCUUUAGGUACUGUGGUCUCCACUGCAUAUAAGCCACCAUCUGUGGCCAAGAGCUUGGCCCCAAUUGUGUCCCAGGCUACACUGGCCAGUAGGGUAGCCCCAAACCUAGGCCAGGCAUCAGGGUUCAGUAGGCUGGCCCCAACCCUAUCCCAGCAUAUAGCAUCCAGUAAGGUAUCCCCAAGGCUAACCUGCCCAUCUAUGGGUAAUUGGGUGACCCCAAGGCUACCACACUCCUCUGUGCCUAAUAGAGUGACACCAAGACCAGCACAGCCAUCUGUGGUGACUAGGAGGUCCCCAAGCCAAGGACACCCAUCAAGGACCUUUAGAGUGGCCUCAGACCAAGGUCACCAAUCAAUGGCUAACUGGGGGUCCCAAAACCUAGCCCAGCCAUCUAUGGACAGUGGGGAGCCCUCAAGCCUAGCCCAGCCAUGUCAAGCCCCUGGGGUAACCUCAAACCUGGCCCAGCCAUCUCAAGCCUUUGGGGUGUCUCCAAGUCCAGACUACCCACCUCAGUCUGUUGGGGAGUACCCAACCCUGGCCCAGCCAUUUCAGCCCACUGAGGCGUCCCCAAGUCCAACCUACCCAUCUCAGGCCAUUAGGGAGUACCCAACCCUGGCCCAGCCAUUUCAGCCCACUGAGGUAUCUCCACACCCAGCCCACCCAUAUCAGCUCGCUGAGGUGUCCCCAAGUGCAGCCUACUCAUAUCAGCCCACUGAGGUGUCCCCAAACCCAGGCUACCUAUCUAUGGCCAUUGAGAUGUCCCUAAGCCCAGGAUACCCAUCUGUGGCCACUGAGGUGUCCCCAAGCCCAACCUACCCAUAUCAGCCCACUGAGAUAUCCCCAAGCUCAGGCUACCUAUCUGUGGCCACUGAGGUGUCCCCAAGCCCAGGCUACCCAUCUCAGCCCACUGAGGUGUCCCCAAGCUCAGGCUACCUAUCUGUGGCCAGUGAAGUGUCCCCAAGCCCAGACUACUCAUCUCAGCCCACUGAGGUGUCCCCAAGCUCAGGCUACCUAUCUAUGGCCACUGAGGUGUCCCCAAGCCCCGGCUACCCAUUUCAGCCCACUGAGGUGUCCCCAAGCCCAGACUAUCCAUGUGUGGCCACUGGGGAGUCCCCUAGCCUUGCCCAGCCAUCUCAGCCCACUGAGGUGUCCCCAAGCUCAGCCUACCCAUCUGUGGUCACUGGGGAGUCUCCAAGCCUGGCCCAGUCAUAGCAGCGCACUGAGGUGUUCCCAAGCCCAGCCUACCCAUUUAUGGCCACUGAGGUGUCCCCAAGCCCAGGCGACUCAUCUGUGGUCACUGGGGAGUCCCCAAGCCCAGCCUACCCAUCUCAGCCCACUGAGAUGUCCCCAAGCCCAGCCUACCCAUCUCAGCCCACUGGGGAGUCUCCAAGCCUGACCCAGCCAUCUCUGACCAUCAGAGUGUCCCCAAGCCUAGCCAUGUCAUCUCAGACUAUUGGAGUGUCCCCAAGCCUAGCCAUGCCGUCUCAGACCAUUGGAGUGUCCCCAAGCCUAGUCAUGCCAUUUCACACCAUUGGAGUGUCCCCAAGCCUAGCUCACCCAUCUACGGCCAUUCGGGUCCCAAGCCUGGCCCAGCCUCCUCAGGCCACUGGGGAAUCGCCAAGCUUGACCUGGCCAUCUCAGGCCACUGGGGUGUCCCCAAGUGUAGCCCACCAAUCUGUGGCCAGUAGGGUUUCCUCAAGCCUAGCCCAGCCAUCUCAAGCCAGUGGGAUGUCCCCUAGACAAGAUUACCCACCAGUGGCCUCCAGGGUGUCCCCAAGCCAAGCUCACGCAUCUAUAACCAGCAGGAUGUCCCCUAGCAGAGCUCAUGCAUCUAUGACCUGUAUGGUGUCCCCAAGCCAAGCUCAUCGAUCUAUGCCCAGUGAGGUGUCCCCAAGCCUUGCCCAGCUAUCUCAAGCCACCACUGCAAUGCCCUUAAGACCAGCCCAUCAACCUAUGGCCUGUGGUGUAUCCCCAAGCCUAGCCUAGCCGUCUCAAGCCACAGGGAUGUCUUCAAGGCUAGCCCACCAACCUAUGACCUGUGUGGUGUCCUUAAGCCCAGCCCAGCCAUCUCAAGCCAUUGGUG